AUCAUUAUUGAUUUAACAUUCGAUAUAUUUUAAGUUUCUGACCAGCCAUCGACGUAUAUAUUGUUUAAUGAAACGAUCUCUGUAUCUCUACUUGAAAACUAUCUAUAUAACCAAAUCUCUAUGUAGCAAAUAAUUUGAUUGCAACUAACACGCGAUAUUUAUUAUUAACAGGUUGAAAACAUGACUACCUGCUGUUACAAAAAUGUAAAUUUUUGAAACGGCAUAUAUCUUGCAACUAAAUAUGACAGAAUCAUCGCAAAUUCACGUUGAAGUGUAUGAUCUACGUGGACGAUAUCGCUUCCUAACUUCAACUGAGCAUCGCUUUGAAGAAGGUUUACUCAUAAACUCGAUAUUUUCAGUUUGACAGGACACAAUGACAAUGUCUACUAAACUUUGUUCAUGCAUCAUACUGCCAAAAUAUAAUAUCUUGACGAGUUUUUUCGUAUAUUAAAAACUAUAAGUGUAAAUUUGUAAAAUUCUUACCCGACAUAUCUCACGCGUGUGAACUGAUUGAACAGUAAAAUAGAACUAAAUCAUCAUCUGCUGCAUCAUGAAAUUAACCGCCAGUAUUCGGGUAAUCCCGAGCAAAGUUUACCAAAUGAUGACUUUCUUUUGCAACCGGUAUUUCCCAGUUUGAUGAAUGAUGCAUGAGAGCGAACAAGUUAGCUGGAAUUGAAGGAUGUUGUUCCUGGAAAAAUAAAACAGGAAGUAUCAAAUGGCACUUUCGUAUGUAUAAUUCUGAUAUUACGCCAUAAUAUAUACGCCAAAACCUGGCUCACAUAUUCAUUAUUAUCUGCAAGGUAUUCUUUGCAUUGAUAUUUGAGCUGCGCUUCGAAUAUUAGUUAAGAUUGUUUUUUUUACAGUCGAUAUUAAUUCAACAAAACCUAGCUGUCCUAGAGAAUGGUAAACUUCUACUCAGGCAAUGACACUUGGGCUGUGUGAAUAUACACAAAUCAAGAUAUCACCCAUGCAUAGAUCACACUUGAAUAUAUAGAAUGCCUGUCUGAGCCCAAGGAAUGGGGGAAAACUAUAUCACAUAAUGAUUUUAUCUAAAGGGUAAAAGUUGUCGGAAGUGGAACAGCGUGAUCAUUUCCAGGAACAAUACAUUAUUCAGACCACCAACGGUGUUUACGCGUCCAUUUAAAAGCACCUAGAAAUAAGCAAUAGUUUGGCAGAAAAAAUAUAUGAAGCGAAAAUAUGAGAAGGGUACAAACAGCUCGUUGAGCGACGAGAUAACCCGAAAGUUUGAGCGAGUACGGGAGGAAAAUGAAGAGAAAUAUCGAUUGAAGAAGGCCUGGAUUGAUGAACUACAGUCGAUCGCCCGUCAGAAGUAUCCAAACGCUGAACUUAUCCUAACAGGUUCUUCAGGAAACAUGUUUGGUUUUAAAACUAGUGAUUGUGAUCUGACGCUUAUUUCUGGAGAACGAUUUGCCUACUCUGCUCUAGACAACAUUGAGAAAUUGCUCCCAAAGUCAAAAUUUACCACAGAGUUGGUGCGUGGAGCAAAGGUUCCCGUGUUGAAGAUAAAAGAUAAGGGGAACUCGUUCGAAGCUGAUAUCAACUCGGAAUGCGUACGCAAUAUUCGCCACACGUAUCUCUUUCGCUGCUAUGCUCUUCUCGACCCACGAGUCCUGCCUCUUGGCCUCGUUAUUAAACUGUGGGCAAAGAACGCUGGCAUCAUCAACCAAAGGGACCACAAACUUUCAGGUUUCACUCUGCUGGUUUUGUACAUCAACUACCUUCAAAAAGGUUGCAGUCCACCGGUUGUUCCAUCGUUGCAAACCGACUAUCCAUUGCUUUUCGCCGGCAUUGUAGAAAUAUCCCAGAUCAUUGAGAAACUGAAAACCAAAGAAUUACCUGAGAAACUCAGGGAUUUUAAAUCCAGCAACAAGCAGAACCUCGGUGAAUUACUUGUUGGAUUUUUCCGGUUUUAUGAAAAGUUCCAAUGGAGCUCCGAAGUGGUUUCCAUCAGCCGAAAUAACGCGUAUGUUUCGAAUAAUCGUCCUCGCAUGAAGAUUGAAGAUCCUUAUGAACGCUGUGGAAAUUGUGCGAGAGGCAUUUAUGAGUUUCGCCAAUUCGUGCAAAUCAAAGAUUCUUUUGGUAGAGCUUUGAGGAAAAUUGAAGAUAGUAUGGAUUUAGAUAGUGUUUUGUAAAUCCCUGAAACAUUAUAAACUUUAUACACUAGUUUACUUUAAUAUAUGUACUACCAUUUGCCAGCUCGGCAGCCAUCGACAUCUUAGAAACGCGUUUGUUAACAUUUUAACCUUCGCACGUUU